UAAACUUUUCAAGAGUUUUGUUUGCUGGACAAAUCGGGCAAAAGAAAUUGCGAAUUAAACAAAUUUAAAUAUUUAGACUGCGAGACAAUAGAAGCGAAAUUGGGAACAGUUCAUAACCUUAAUGCAUUUUAAAACUGUAUCUUAUUCGUUUUCAGAAGCAUGAAUUAGGGAUUGGGUGGCAUCACACGCGAGUCCUGGCCGAAAUCGAGGUUGCCAUGCUCGCGCCGUUACCAUGGCGCCCCUCGUCCAUAAACAGUGCAUUUUAUUUGGGGCAAGUUGUGGCCGAGCUGCACAGCCACCUGCGAAUUAUUACAGCGAAUUUAUUUGAAGUUGGUUAUCUGUGGCUACUAGACCAGGAGAAUUUAACCUGGGGAAAGAUGAGUGAGUUAAACUCGAUAGAGUUGGACUCCAGCGAAACGAUUCAGGACAUUGCGUUGAAGUUGGUGACGGAGCAGUUGAAGAACGACUCGCACCUUAAGGUUGGACCUUCGGAAAGGACAAUAUUUGUACUGGGGAGCAAGGGCGCCGGAAAAUCAACGCUCAUAAAUCGAUUCCUAGACCGGGACGAUGUUCCGCGGCCAACUCUCGCAUUAGAAUACUCCUUCGGUCGUCGCACGGCUUCCGGUCAGGGUGCUCAGAAAAACAUCUGCAACGUGUGGGAGCUGGGCAGUCUAGUGAACUCAAACCAACUAAUCGAGGUUCCCCUUCGGUCACAUGGUCUGGCGACCUUCUCUGCCGUCAUCGUGCUCGAUCUAUCGCUUCCCGAUCGUCUGUGGACCGACCUGGAGUGCGUGCUGAACGGAUUGAAGCAGGCCUUGGAGAAGAACUGCUCGUCGAAGGAGAUCGCCGAAAUGCAAGAAGCGAUGCAUCAGAAAGUAGGCGUUGACCACGUGGAUUUGAACACGCUCGAGGUGCUUCCGUUCCCGGUGAUCAUCGUUGGCGGCAAAUACGACCAGUUCCAGAACCUGGACUCCGAAAUUAAGAAGCACGUCUGCAGGUGUCUACGCUCGAUCGCCCACGCCAUCGGAGCCGCCCUCAUCUUUUACACCUCGAAGAACACCGCCCUAACCAAGAUGACCCGCGACGCCAUGAACUACUUGGGCUUCGGCAGUCCCUCGAACCCGUUCAAAACUACCGCCGCGGACCACAACGGACCCAUCGUAAUUCCGUUCGGGGCGGAUUCGUGGGAGAAGAUCGGCGUAACUCCGAGCAACUCGGAACGGAUUGGGCUCAAUUAUAGUUCGCAGAUUCCGCAGGUUGGAACGGAGAAGGUGGCCAUUCCGGACGAUCCGGCCAAGGAUGGUGGCUUCCGGGAGCGGGUGAUCGACGAAUUGAGGGCGCUCAAGGAUGAGGAGUUGAUGCGACUGCUGAAGGAUACCGAGAUGAGGAUGAAGUUUGAAGCGGUUCAGUAGGAAGAUUGUGGGGUGUCCAAGUCUUCAUGUGUGGGAUUGUAGUUUAUGAGUGCCACUAUAUUAUAGAAAUAAAAAAAAUAUAUCAA